CUCAAAUCAUAAAAACUUGGAUCGAACUAGACGAUUCAAAGAAUGCAAAUAUGAAGUUGAUUCUGAUACUCAGUGCUAUGUUGGGAUGUGUCCUUGUUAGUGGUUAUACAACAGAACAACCGAAUAACAACUCUCCAAGAGAACAAGGACAAGGGCGGCGACCCCUUCCGGCUUGUCUGAGAGGCAAUUCCUUUACAGCCAUGACCGGAUUGCCCCGAAUGCUAAAGACCUGUGUUGGUUUAAUAAUAAAGAAUGAUGAAUUUAGAAGUUAUUUGGACCUGGAUGUUUGCCAGUUCGCUAAGAACUCUGUUGGUAUGGGUAUGUCUUGUAUGAUCAACGAGUUUAGGAAGGAAACAGGCUGCCCUGUGGGGGUCGUGGAGGGCAUUUUGGGGUUGUUCGAGGACAACAAUAUGCCCAUGCAGGUUGUGGAAUACAUGUUCUGCGAUGGACCCAACCCAUUUCAAGGACCACCACCAACAAACAACGCCUCUCAAUAGGAUGGUAAAGCGGCGCCAUUUUACGAAGAGAUGAAUAUUAAAUGUUAUUUGAAUCAUCCAAUCGAAAUGAAAUAUAGUUUAAAAUGCACCACUAUUUGUGAAAAUAUACAUACAAAACUAUAGAUUGAAAGA